UGUUAUAUUAAUUUACCCGGAUGUGGCGUUCCAAACAGAACUUAGUGUUGUAUCGCGCGGCUACAUGAACUUGAACGUCCUUUUUGUCCAAAAAAAGCUCGUAUUCAACUCCGAGUUCAGCAACUCAAACGGACCAUAAACGUCUAAUUCGUUUGUUGUUCUGUUUUUGUUCAGAACUAAAGAACUCUGAGGAAAACUAAAGUGUUUUCAGCAUUCCACGCCGACGGUAGGCCUGAUUGCCCUCCUUGGCCACUGGGUGUCGCUCUGGAGCAAGAAAUGCCGCGGACUCUCCCCCACCCCUAAACAUCUCCUCCGAAUGUGUGCAUGUGUGCGUAUGUGUAGCGCCGAGAAAGUAAGUCUGUGUUUCCAGCUGACUGCUCGCUCUCUCUCAGUGUGUGUGUAUGUGUAUGUGUGUGUGUUGUCAUUAUUAUUAUCCAGUCUGCUCCCAGCUCAGAAUGGCCAGAUUCACUCAGACUGAGACAAGAAGGGAGCAGCACCCACAGCCGCCCCAUACCGCUUACUCCAGUCUGCUUUUCACUGGACCCGGGGCAGCACCGACCCAACAUCCACUCCUCCUAAUCCCGCACCAGCACCAGUUCGCUCAGAUCCCAUUUCCUAAACCCAUGAACGGGUCAGAAUCCAUCUCCAUUCAUCCGGAGAACGGCACCAUGAAAGACCAAGAUGCCAUAAAACUCUUUAUCGGGCAAAUACCGCGGAACCUUGAGGAAAAAGACCUGAAACCAUUGUUCGAACAGUUUGGGAAAAUCCACGAAUUGACAGUAUUAAAGGACCGAUACACCGGCAUGCACAAAGGCUGCGCGUUCCUUACCUACUGCGCCCGCGAGUCGGCCAUCAAAGCCCAGAACGCCCUCCAUGAACAGAAGACACUGCCGGGGAUGACUCGCCCCAUCCAGGUGAAGCCAGCUGACAGCGAGAGUCGUGGAGACAGGAAGCUGUUCGUCGGGAUGCUAAACAAACAGCAGACGGAGGAGGACGUGUACCGUCUUUUCGAGCCCUAUGGAGUCAUCGAGGAGUGCACUGUGCUAAGAGGUCCGGAUGGAAAUAGUAAAGGCUGCGCCUUUGUAAAGUUCUCCACACACGCUGAAGCACAGUCUGCAAUCAGUGCCCUGCAUGGCAGUCAAACCAUGCCAACUGGCUCCGAUUCUCUCCUCCCUCAGGGCGCGUCGUCCAGCCUGGUGGUCAAGUUUGCCGACACGGACAAGGAGCGCACCGUCCGCCGCAUGCAGCAGAUGGUGGGCCAGUUUGGCAUCUUCAACCCUGCUAUCGCCCUGCCCUUCAGCACCUACAGCACCUACGCGCACGCCCUGAUGCAGCAGCAGGCGGCCCUCAUGGCUGCCAGUCACGGAGGCUACCUGGCGCCCAGCGUGGCCUUUCCCACCACCCAGAUCCACCAGAUGGGGGCGCUCAAUAUCAACAGCCUGCCACCCACCCCCAUGACCCCGGUGUCGGGUGAGUUUCAUCAGACACUGGCAGGCCUCAGCUCACCGCCUGCCAACAUCACCACAUCAGCCGUCCCCAGCAUUGUCACUCCUAUCGUCAACGGCUUUACCAGCAUCCCUCACCAGCCCAACGGACACCCUGCGGUCGAGGCCAUGUACACCAACGGACUGCCCCCUUACUCCACCCAAAGCCCCACGGCUGCAGACACCCUACAACAGGCCUUCACCGGGGUGCAGCAGUAUACAGCCAUCUACCCAGCGACCACACUGACCCCUAUUGGCCAAAGCUUGCCACAGCCACCGCAAGUCAUUCAACAGCAGCAGCAGAGAGAAGGUGAGGGACCAGAGGGCUGCAACCUCUUCAUCUACCAUCUACCGCAGGAAUUUGGCGACAACGAACUCAUGCAGAUGUUCCUCCCAUUUGGUGCAGUCAUCUCCUCCAAGGUCUUCAUGGACAGAGCCACCAACCAGAGCAAAUGUUUUGGCUUCGUUAGCUUCGACAACCCAGCAAGUGCACAGGCUGCUAUCCAGGCCAUGAACGGCUUUCAGAUUGGCAUGAAGAGGUUGAAAGUGCAGUUAAAACGGCCAAAGGAUGCGAGCCGCCCGUACUGACAGGGCCCAACCCACACAGGGCUCUCAGCAACAGCACAGGAUUUGAAGAGUGAAAUCUCAAAAGGAAUUUAACUUUUUUUCUUUCAAAACAAACGAGAGCAACAUGAAUGGAUUUUUUUGAAGACAUAUCAGCAUUUAUUUUAGGAAGAUGUUCGGGAUAGAGGAGGCGGUAUUGCAGGUGAACCGGCACCCGUGGACAAACCACACUCAGCACAGCGCACGAAAGACAAGUGGAAGAUCUCUCUAAAGACAGAGAACUCAACAUGUCCUGUCUCUCGCUGAGCUUCGCACCGUCAGUCAAGCAACAAACAAAAAGAAAAAAAAUGAGCAAGAACAACUUUGAUUUCUAUAUACAUAUUAUACACACAUAUGCUAUUUAAAGGAAGAGGCGCUUAUGGCUUUUAUUACACUGGACAAAUGAGGGUUAAACUUGAAGACCAAGAUAAAAUGCAGUGGAAAAAAAGAAGCUCUUCUUGUCCCGCUAGUGGACUUUCUUUCUCUUUUCCUCUUACCUUUUCUUCUGUCACCAUUUUUCAGCAAACGCAGGACAUUCUGUGGUCACAGAGGUUUCCAUGCCCUCAGUGAAACUUAUAAAUCUUUCACCCCAAAGGGACCAAAGGACCAAACAUUUUUAUUCCUCAACAGAAAUAUAUGGUAUUAAUAACAAUACUAAUACUGCAAACUACUACUAACGACAUAAGUUUAAAGAAAGAAAAAAAAAGCAUAAAUAUUCGCUUCAGGUCGAAGAGGAAAGGGAUUUUGAUUUCUUUUCCUUUUACAUUUCUAGCUACUGGGUUUCAGAAUAUUUAAACAAAAUAGAAAAA